GCCAGACACUGACUUCCUUCUUUAGCUAUGAUCGAUCAUACUUUGCAACAACUUUAAUUUCUAGAACUCCAUUCUCAACGCUCUUUUUUUAUGAUCAUAAUCGCAUCUCAUUCACCUUUCUCUGGUCGCUGCUAGCUUCCCGAUCAGAUGACAGACGCGGACUCCCAGUCAACGGCUUGGGAAGAUCUUCUGCGGAGGAUGCUGCCUUCCGGCGCACCCUUGCCGGACGAGGAUCAUCUUGACUACUCCAUCUCUGUCGAGUACCACGCCCCCUCGGAUUUCUGCUUCAAGGACGUUCCCACCCUCAAACCUCCACCGUCUCUCCAAUCCCCCAAACCUCCCAAAUUCCGGGAUAUUCUCUCCAGGUUUCCUUUGCGCAAGAAGAAAUGCAGCAGCGGAAGCUCGUCUCCCGCUUCCAAGAUUCAAUUCAGCUUCAGCUCGCACUCUGAGACUCAAGAAGCCAUUUCCGUCUCCGACUUUGAAACCGGUAGUGUGAAUCCUGUCAGUUUUGAGGCUGGAACGGACGAUGAUCGCACGGACGAUGAUGGAGAUGGGAGUAAGGGGAUUUCUCCGCUACCAUCUGAAGCGGAUGACCAAGGCUGUCGAGUGGAGAAAAUUGGAGGGCGAAAGGGUGACCUGUGGUUUAGGGCUAAGGCAACGAUUUGUAGUAGGUGUGGGAAGAAGAUUAGGGAGAGAGAGGUGUGCAUUGUGUGCGAUGCAGGAUACUGUAAGAACUGUGUACUCAAGGCUAUGGGGUCCAUGCCCGAGGGGAGGAAAUGCCUCGGCUGCAUUGGCCUGCCAAUUAACGAGGCUAAUAGAGAGAGGUUGGGAAUGGUUACCCGUUCAUUAGCAAAAGUGUGCAGUCCAUUGGAAGUCAAACAGAUAAUGAUUGCGGAGAGAGAAUGUUCUGCCAAUCAAAUUCGGCCUGAGCAGGUCUGGGUAAACGGAAGGCAGUUGAGGCAGGAGGAAUUGGCUCAAUUGCUUGGAUGUGUAAUGCCUCCGGAGAAAUUGAAAGCUGGGAAGUAUUGGUAUGACAAGGAUUCUGGACUUUGGGGCAAGGAAGGCAAGAAGCCAGAUAGGUUUAUAAGCUCUAAACUAAAUGUAGGAGGGAAGCUUCAGCUAGAUGCAAGUAAUGGAAACACCAAUGUUUACAUGAAUGGCCGUGAAAUAACAAAAGUUGAACUUAAAGUACUGAAGGUAGCCAAAGUAGAUUGCCCUAGAGAUACUCAUUUUUGGGUAUACGAUGAUGGUUCGUAUGAGGAAGAAGGUCAAAACAACAUUAAAGGAAACAUAUGGGAGAAGGCAGGCAUUAACUCGUUUCGUAUGUUCGUUGUGGUCAAUACCCAUACCCCUUUCAAAUACUCGAGGGCCAAAAGAGGACACAACUACUUUAUCUGGGAGGUCUGUGCCUGUGUCUAUGGAAAAUAUCAGGUGUCAGAAACUUCUGCUUUUUGGGCUGGAGGGGUCUGGGACAAGCACUCUCUUUAAGCAAAUGAAGUUUAUUUAUGGAAAUGAGCCCACGGAGGAUGAGGUGCAAAACAUAAAGCUCCUGAUUCAAAGCAGCAUGUAUAGAUACCUCGGCAUCUUACUCGAGGGUCGAGAGCGCUUUGAAGAGGAAGCCUUAAAGGAGAAGAGGACAUCCUCUUUGCAAAUUUUAAAUCUUUCACGAGGUGAAAUAAGAACUGAUGAAAGUAAGCUAUGCAUCUUUUCCCUCAAUCCAAGGCUGAAGCAGUUUUCUGACUGGCUGCUGCAUAUCAUAGCUUCUGGAGAUUUGAGUACCUAUUUCCCUGCUGCAGCGCGUGAAUAUUCUCCCCUGGUAGAUGAGAUAUGGAAAGAUCCAGCUAUUCAGGAAACUUAUAAGAGGAGAAGCGAAUUGCAUUCUCUUCCUGAUACUGCCAAGUAUUUUUUGGACCAGGUCAUUAAGAUUUCAAGUAAUGAUUAUGAGCCUUCAGAAGAGGAUAUUCUAUAUGCUGAAGGGGUGACCCCUAACAAUGGACUUGCCUUCAUUGAGUUCUCUUUCGAUGAUCAUAGUGCUAAAUCAAAUGUAUAUGAUGAGGACACUGAAUGCCAAAUGCCACUAAACAGGUACCAGCUGAUUCGUGUUAGUUCCAAGGGACCGCAUGAUUCUGGCAAAUGGAUGGAUAUGUUUGAAGACGUGACAGCGGUAGUCUUCUCUGUAGCAUUAAGUGACUAUGAUGAGAUCUGGUCCCUUGGUCAUGGCCCACCACAAAAUAAAAUGUUGGUGAACAGAGAUUUGUUUGAGAGUUUGGUUCGACACAAAUGCUUUAAGAACGUCACUUUUGUGCUUGUCCUAAACAAGUAUGAUGUCUUUGAGGAUAAAAUUAGAAAAGUCCCUCUUGUGGUCUGCGAGUGGUUUAAAGAGUUCAGACCUUUGAAAACCCGCCACUACAAUCAGUCCCUAGCAAAUUACGCAUAUCACUAUGUAGCUCAUAAGUUCAAGGAAUUGUAUUCUUCCAUCACUGGAAGAAAGCUAUUUGUGUGGCCAAGUAUAGCUCGGGAACGUUCCUCAGUGGAUGAAGCAUUCAGGUAUGUUGGUGAAGUGGUUAAGUGGGAGGUGGAGAAGGAUAGAAUAUGUAGUAUGGGUGAUGAGAACAGUGACAAUUCGUUCUAUAGUACAGAAUAAAUGGUUCUGCUUAUCUGCAGAGAUGAAGAGAUAGAUAUCAGUGUCUCUCUGCCCUUGGGGUGCUUUUUAAACCUCCAAGGGAAUGUUUAUUACUUGUGAUUGCAAUGCUCCAAACCUAUAAUCUAAAUGGAAAACGCAAAGAGAGACAACAUAAUAUUACGUACAUAGUCGGUAGAUCACACCUUUGAUUAGUAGUUAGGUGUGGAUGCACAUUAACAGAUUUUCUUGUUUUGUACUUGUUCGAUUGGACAUUAUAUUCUUAGGCAGAGUUAAUGCUUUGGUUGAGAAUUCAGGUGAGUCUAAGUAAUGAAUUUAAUUAACUCUGAGAACCUUUUUGUCAUUAUAAACCUACGGUUAGUGGUUUCAUCCCUUUCACUCCAUGUCUAUACCGGAUAUUCAGAUGCAAUCAUGCAAUAUACGGAUGAAUGUUACAUGUCUUGUUUAUCUUAGCUUUAAUCAUGUCAACCCGAAGGAGAUUCAUACAAGAGUCAAACAAGAUGGAACGGUACAAGGGGAAGUGUGAGAUGAGAUAGCUUUGGUUUUUUUUUUUUUUUGUAUCUUCAAAGGAGAUAUGAAUGUAGUAAAAUACUAAAAUGUACUUCGUAUUAAAUUAUGUUUGGCAAAUAGUUCUUACGUAGUACUCCCUCUAUCCCAUAUUUAUCUCCUAUUCUCCUGAAGUAUAAUUGACACACAGUUUAAGAUAGUGAGUAUUGUGUGGUGGAGAAUUGUGCAGGGGUGUGAUAAAUAUGUAAAAAUGUGUAAGAAUUAUUGUAAAUUAGAGAUUCUUUGUCAAAUGAGGGAAAAAAGAAAUAAUUUUGGGACGGACGAAAAAGAAAGUCUGAAGAUAAUAUUGGGAUGGAUGAAGUACAUGUUUGAUGAAUUUAUGCCAUUUCACUAGUCAAAUAAGUUUAAAAUAUAUGCUUGGUUUUGACUCGGGGAAAAAAAAUGUUUGGUAAAUGAAUUGUUGAUUUGGACUUGGGCAUGGACUCGGCCGUGGUUCCAGUCUCGGAUCGACGGGUCCCGGUCAAAAAACAUUGAAGCUCG